AUUUCAGACACAGAUGAAACAUGUCUCGUGUUCACCAAACUGAGCUUUCACAAUGCAGUGGUCGGUACAGGACUAAAUGUGAAGCUAAUGCUCUACACAAGGAGAAAUCCAACCUGUGCCCAAGGGGUCAACUCCACAGCACUUGGGAACUUGAACGUGACCAAGAAAACCACCUUCAUUAUUCAUGGAUUCAGGCCAACGGGCUCCCCUCCAGUUUGGUUGGAGGACUUAGUAGAAGGUUUGCUCUCUGCAGAAGACAUGAACGUGGUUGUUGUUGAUUGGAAUCGAGGAGCUACCACUGUAAUAUACUCCCAAGCCUCUGGAAAAACCAGAAACGUAGCAAAAAUCUUGAAGGAAUUUAUUGACCGGAUGUUGGUAGAAGGAGCUUCUCUUGGUGACAUUUACAUGAUUGGAGUAAGUCUAGGAGCCCACAUAUCUGGAUUUGUUGGAGAAAUGUUCAAUGGGCAGCUGGGGAGAAUUACAGGUCUUGAUCCUGCGGGCCCUUCAUUCAACGGGAGACCUCCCCAAGACAGAUUAGAUCCCAGUGAUGCGCAGUUUGUUGAUGUCAUCCACUCUGACAUUGAUGCACUGGGCUACAGAGAGCCACUAGGGAACAUAGACUUCUACCCAAAUGGAGGGUUGGAUCAGCCUGGUUGCCCCCAAACAAUAUUUGCAGGGAUACAGUACUUCAAAUGUGACCACCAGAGAUCCAUGUACCUGUACCUUUCUUCUCUGAGCGAAAACUGUACCAUCACCACGUACCCCUGUGACUCCUACCGCGAUUACAGGGACGGCAAGUGUGCCAGCUGUGGCAGAGCACCAGGGGAGUCCUGUCCCACCGUGGGCUAUUAUGCUGAUAAUUGGAAAGACUAUUUAAGAGAGAAAGACCCUCCGAUGACUAAAGCAUUCUUUGACACAGCUGAGAAGAAACCAUUCUGCAUGUAUCAUUAUUUUGUGGACAUUAUAACUUGGAACAAAAAUGUAAGAAGGGGAUCUAUCACAAUCAAAUUAAGAGACAAAGAUGGAAAAACGACAGAAUCCAGAAUCGAUCAUCAACCUGCAACAUUUCAGAAAUAUCACCAAGUGAGUCUGCUUGCAAGAUUUAAUCAAUAUCUGGAUAAAGUGGCAGCCAUUUCCUUGGUGUUUUCUACAGGAAAUGUUAUAGGCCCGAAGUACAAGCUCAGGAUUCUCCGCAUGAAGUUAAGGUCUCUCGCCCAUCCAGAGCGGCCUCAGUUGUGCCGCUACGACCUUGUACUGCUGGAAAACACCGAAACAGUCUUUCAACCUAUUCCCUGCCCAAAGCUGCUGAUGUAA